AUGAUUAGAUACAGGAGAUUGACUCAUUUUGAUGUCGACACAUUUGUUGAAGAAGUGCUUGUGAAGGGAUCAACGUUGAAAUGUCAUCAUAUUUGGAUCAAAUAUCAAUGGAGAUGUCACUGGGCACUGAUAAGGGAGUAUUUUUUAGUUCAUUGGUAUGGCUACGUUAUGCCAGAUGAUGUAUCUGUUUUGCUUGAGCAGCACAUUGGAAAAGGAGAAAUUGUAGAUUUGCUAUGGAGGGGACAGAUGGGUCUAUCAGAAGAAGACCAGAAGAAAUCCCAAGAACUAAGACUCCAACAAAAUGGUGGGGCCACCAUGGAAGGAAGCACAAAAAACAUGACACAAGCAAAUGAGAUGAGUACAACAAUUUGUGGAUCUCAAGUUGAGGGCAUGAGUUGUUGCCAGGCCAAUUGAAGCUCCCCUUCUUGUGCGAGCCCUCUGUUACCUGAAAAGGCAGAUAGUGCUCAAUUCAAUGAGGUGGUGGCAAAGUUUACAGUUGAAAAGAAGAGCAGCAAGAAACAAAUUUCCAAAAAUAAAAGUUGCUUAGGGGCUUGCAUGGGCGAAGUGUGCUCUAUGCCAACAUGGUUUGAGAGCUGGGAGUGUGAAGAUACAUAUGCAACUUUUGCUGUGAUUGGUGCUGCUGCAUCAGUUGCCUAUGCCUAUAGCUGCUACAAACAGCUUAGGUAAAUAAAACAAUUCGAACUUUGUGUUGUGUCAAUUCUGUAGCAGGGUAGCAACUUUCGCCUUCCUUGAUUUCUUUGUUCUGCUUCCAUUGCUGCGGCUUGAUGUAUAAAUUUUGAAAACCUCAAAGUUGUGUGAGCAAUAUUUGUAUUUCUUGUAGAAAAUUAGGCUUCAUAUUAGUAUGCAAUCUGAAUAAAAUUAAAAGGCAUUUCCUCGUUGUCACUGAAUUCGAUUACAAUGUGUGCUUUAGUUGUAAAUUGGUCUG